CCCGGCACGGCCCGGCCCGGCCGGCACUCGGCGCCCGCCAUGGCGGGGCCGAGGAAGGGGCCGGGGGGUGCGGAGGAGCCGCCGCCGCUGCUGGUGAAAAUCGUCAUGGCCGGAGAGUCCUGCGUGGGGAAGACCUCCAUCGUGCGGCGGUACACGGAGCCCGGCUCGCCGCCCGCCGGCACUCCCGCCACCUCCUACUUGGCCACGAUCGGCAUUGAUUUUAAAGUAAAGCCAGUAAUGUUUAAUGACACAAGAGUGAAACUUCAAAUAUGGGAUACUGCUGGCCAGGAACGAUUCCAUACACUUAGUACUAGCUAUUUCCGUGGUGCACAAGGCUUUGUUCUUGUAUAUGACAUCACAAAUCUGAAGAGUUUUCAGAGUAUAACAAUGUGGAUGCAAGACAUAUAUGAGAAAGCAGGUGAUGAAGUGGACGUAAUACUGUUGGGCAACAAGUGUGAUAAGGAGUCAGAACGUGUAGUUCCAAAACAGAAAGGAGAAAAGAUUGCUUGGGAAUAUGGAAUACCAUUUUUUGAAACCAGUGCUAAAGAUGAUGUGAACAUUGAGCAUGCAUUCUCAAUCUUGACUAAGGAAAUACUGGAAAAGAAAUCCUGUGUAUUAUAUGACUUAGAUGUUGUGACUCUAAAUGAAAGUAAGAAGAGAACCUGCUGUACAUUCUGAAAUAUUGUUUCGUGUUCCGUUUGCUCUUCAGAAAAUAUUAAGUGUUGCAAAGGCACACACAAGAUUUUAAAAGCGAGCCUGUAAUCUCAAAACACAGUGUUCAGGCAUCCUUUGUAUUACACACACUUUGUUGCCAAAUGUUUUUAUAUGUUUAUAUUAUAUUUUCAUAUUUUUAAUGUGAAGAUAAAACAGUUAUCUGAUAUUGGAAUGCAUCACAGGAUGACUGUGUUUGCAUACAAAUGUUUGCAGAAAUGUAAUGUAAGUGUACAAAUUUUCUCCUAUUAAAAAGAAAAUUGCCUUGA